GUCAGGCAGUUCCGCAGCAGACCGUUUGCAGCAUUAGUCCAGUGGCAGCUAAAAGACUCAGAGACACUCAGAGAGACAGAAAACUGGUCAGUGACUUAUAUGGGACAUAAAGAUCUAAAGAGGAGAUAGAGACAGACUCUAGCUCUGUGUGCCAGAUAGCCCCGGCAGUCUAGGCCUAUAGCAGCAUAACUAAGAGCUGGUUCAAAUCAGCCCUGACUAUAGGCUUUAUCAAAGAGGAAAUAGUCAUACAUUUAAGAGAAAAUUAUCAAAUUUAUGAGAAUAAAGUCUCUAAUAAGAGUAAAGUUUUGAAAAUGUUCAUUAAUAAAAGUGAGGUCAUAGUUUGACAAGGAUAAAGUCAUAUUUACAGGUUGUUAAUUCAACGUGUACAGUCUGCAGCCAGCCGCCUGCACUGAAAUGAGGAAUUUGAAUCAUCUUGUGAAGUUACACUCAAACAGCUGAGGACAAGCAAAGGUAACAGGAGUUGCACAGGCCCACAGAACAGACAGACCACUGACAUAUGUCUUUAUAUCUAAGGUGGAAUAACCAGGUUGAAGGAAGAGGGAGUCUGUGCUUUUUAUAUAAUUUGUAUGAAUACAGGGAAACAGAGUUAUCAAACAUCACAGGAGCUUCUUGUCCUCGAAGGCCACUGUCUAUUCACAGGCCAGAGGGGUGAGCAAGGGAGUGUUCCUGUCUGGAAUCUGACCACUAGAUGGCGCUGAAUAAUACUUUUUCUACACACAGAAGCUCUUAGUACUGUGUUGGCUGUUGAAUGAUUUUUGUAUUUGGUAUUAGCGCAGGUGAAUUUAACAGUAGGCAAAGAAAUGAGUGGACUAUACAGAUGAUGAAAUAAUUUAAGGCUUUAUAAUCCCGGGAGUAGUGGGGGGCGUGGUUAAUAGAGUGGGCGGGGCCAACUGGCCGUCUCCGCCUGCAGGAAGAGGCACAGAGACAAACACACACAGCUGCCCACUCCGAGGACUCCUAUCUGAGGCUCAGCUGCUCCGACUGCACGUACAGGUGAGUCCAUCAAGUUGUGUUACCGAGGAACCAAUCAGAUAUUCGGUCAGUUAAUCGAUAAUUCAUCCUCUUUAGUACGCCGAAAGAGGGUGUAAAUCGAGGUUGAUAUGUAAGACAGAGAAGGAGCAGGAGAUGAAAUUCACUGAUUUAAGGGUUAUUCCCUUAAAUCUCUCACAGCUGUUUUUUUCUCAUAGGAUGUUUUCAUGACUGGUUUGAAAAUGUUUGAAGGCAUUGACAUGUAUAAGAGACAGCACAUCACAGAGUUUGGUGGUUUCAGACUGAUCGCAAAUAAACUUUUUAAAAUAUUCAAAAUUUAAAUUCACAGUGUCUCACCUGACCAACCCCUGUUUUCUAAUACAAUUUGAUUUUUACAUUUAGUCCAUAGAACACUUAAAAAUAUCUUCAGUACAACUUUUAUCCUCUUUUACUUUUAAUCCUUUCAUUUCCCCUCUAAUUAUGGAUUUCCUCUCACAUGGCUUAGCUUUAAAUGACUCAUUUUUUAAAAAUUGAAUUAUCUUAAUUGCUGUUAUGGAUCAUUUUCAUCACAUUCAUUAAGUCAAUUACUUUAUUUGCUUUUAAAAGGUUUGAUCUUCAAUGUCUUUAUUGCAUUUACCUCUUUUAAAUUGCUUUAGCUGCUUUUUUUAUUUCUUUUACAGUUUUUACUAAAUUCUUAAAAUUCUCUUAAAAAUGAAAGUGCAAUACAUCUAAAUGAAUCAUAAUUAAAUUGAUCUAUUUAAAGCAUUUCAUCCGUCUUUAUUGUUGUAAUUAUUUUUUACUUCUGGUGAUUUCUUAUCAGCUUUUAUCCAUUUAUCUGGUUUAUCUCUUUCAAAGCUUUAAUCUUUCUCAUUUAUCUGUUUUUUUUUCUUUUUUGAGGCUCUGAUCUUUUAUUCAUUUACCUGGUUCAUCUUUUUUAAAGCUCUGAUCUUUUAAUCUUGUGUCUGUUUCUCUGCCUUAUUUCCCUCCUGUUUGUCACUUUAAACUUUAGAUUUCUUUGACCUCAUUUAAAUUGUUAUCCUUUUUUUAUUUGCUCACAUCAACUCUCUUCUUUGGUCCUCUUACUCUCCAUUUAUGUCCUCAAGUUUGUGUUUUUUAUUUUUAUCGUUGUUGUUAUUCAGAUUUUUUAUGCUUCUUUGUUCUUCAUGCUUUUGUCUGUUGACCAAAGCGCUUUGUUUUUGAGUUGCUUAAUAGCAACAAUCAAUGUAAUUGAUUUUUACAGUGCAGUCCUCAAACUUCACAGUGAGGACAUUUAUAUUUGAAUAUUUGAGGAUAUUUGAUGUUCAAAUCAGUUUACAGUUUGCAUUUAUGUGCAACCAAGUAAAACAGAUUUUGAGAUUUUAAGAAGUUAAGACGUUAAGCAAAUAGAUAAAGGAAAUCAUAUUUUAAUUCUUGUCGCGCAGCUGCUGUUUGGAGCUAUUUUGUCUGAUGAAGCUUUAAAAGUCUGCUCAGAGCUUCUGUGUUUGUACACGGUGAUGAAACAGAUUGAAAUGAACACUGAGGUUUCUUUAUAAUCUACAAAGCAAAUAGGACCAUCCACUUAAAGGAAGAGUGUGUAGUAUUUAGGGUCACAUGUGUAGCAUCUAGACAACCCUGUGUGUGAAACUCACAUAUUCCUCACAGGAAAGGUUCCUUAUCUGGUCUCAAGACACUGGAUCAUAUAAAUCUUUCCAGACUUGUUUGUACUUUCAGAUUACCCAAACCAAUUUGGUGAAAAGAGACAGAGUUUCUGUUACCUUUCAAACUGACUACAUUUCUCCAUAUGUGUUUAGUAUCAAAUCUGUUGUUUUGAAACAAGCAUUCAAUAACAUUAAUUAUAGUGAGUGAAGAUCAGAUCUGACUACUUUACCAGCCAAAAGUGUAAGUUGGAUCAAAUAAUCAGGGAUCCUGAAGGUCUCCCCUCAUGGAGCUGCAGCUGGAGACCAGUGACCCCUCCUCUCUCUCCACACACACACACACACACACACACACACACACACACACACACACACACACCCUGGGGACACUCCCAGUUUGAAAGAGAUAAAACCAGUGAAGUUGGGGUGCUCACUCUCUUAGUUUCUUUAGUUUGCAGUAGGCAAACAAAUGCGGAACUUGCAGUAUGCCAAAAAUACCCAGAUGACAUACUGAUUCGGGAAAAUUUUGCAGUAGGCAUCGAACCAGCCUGCUUCACCUACUGUUACCCACAAUGCAAAGCACCUGGGCAGACGGCAGAAUAGUGGAGAGCGGCGAAACUUUCCACCCAAGUAUUCAUUUUCAAAGAGGACAGUGAAGAUUUCUCCUUCCGACAGCCUGUCUUCUCCUCCUUCUUUCAGCAUUAUGUGUGCAAACUACUGACAAGAAUGUAAUGUUUGUUACCAUACCAUACAGUUUUUAUCCUGUAUUUCCCUCACCUCAAAUUUUCCUGCUUCUCCUCAUCCCUUAUUCUGUACGGUCCGUACUGUUUACCGCUCACAGCGCGUGCCAUCAGCAAUGUUAACAUCACACAGCUGAACAGGCAGCUGGCAUUAAGGGGGUCUAAAGCUUUAAUGCAGAAAGGUGAGUAAACGUUAAUGCAGUUAGACUUAAUCAGUAGCCAAGAUGGUAUUUGAAAUAAAUUGGCAUGAGACAGGAGUUUGUAUUAGAGGGUUUUUUACUGUAGUUUUCAAACUAUCGGGACAAAGCAAAAUAGGACCACACCACGCAGACGCCUUCAGUUAACAUGUUUAGCGAAGAUGCAACUUCUUUCAUUUAAGCAGAAACGAGGACAACGUAAUUGACAUAACUUUGCUGUAUUUACAGUGCCAUAGUGAGACUCAAAUGCCACCAGAUUGACGAGUCAUUUCAUAGACAGAACACGUUUCGAUUGCUGGUAUUGGGCUAAAAUAUCCAGAAAAAAUCAAAUUGAAACACAUAAAAGAUUUUUUUCAUCGCCUAAAUGAAUGGGCAAUUUACCAGGGUACAACGUACUUUUCCAUACCAGAAACCAGCUAAAUCGGGCCAAGCAUACUACAUAAUACCGACCAAUUUGCAGUCAUACUGCAUACUACUAUCGAACACAUUACGCAGUAUGUACUGCAUACUGCAGUCGGCAGGAGUGUGCAGUAGGCCAAUUUGAAAACAGCCUUAAGGUCCUUACACACCAGCGAAUUUGCGGAGCGAAGUGAAAAAGCGAGAUGAAAAUGCGAAUAUUCCCCGGUCCGAAAAAUUGCUUUCGUCUAUACACACCGGGCGCAAAGCGAAUAUGCGUAUAUAUUUUGCAAAGUGAAUUAAUAAAUAUAUAUUGUCUUUGCCACGAGUUCUUUCACGCUAUGGAGGAGAGGAGAACAAAGAAAUUGAGUCAACAACAUCCUCAAGCGAUGAUGAGCUCGUUGUGAUGCUUUUGGCAAAAAAGCCUUCGUGACUCGAGCGCCCUGAGAGUGGCAGCAAGUCACAUCAGCUCCUCACAGACUUUACGUUUUUGCCUUAAUUGCCUAAUUUAUCUUUCUUUUUUUCAGCAGUGUUGUGUCUUGCAUAUUCCAACCAUGGAUGUGCAUUUCAUGACUCUUGCACUUUGUUUUCUUUUACUUUUCGGAGUUUUUAAGUUCGCGACCGGCGACCCAUUCAGCGGCCCCAUUGUUUACAGCUGUGAACAGCUGUUGGCGCUGCGCCAAGCCCGGCCACCUUCGUGGGAGAGACCAGACAUCCCCGCUAAGCUCUGCAGGAGAAGAAGAGGAUGCAGGGCUGGAGUUCAGCAUCGGGCAAAGCGGAGACGUUAUAAACCAACUGUCCCGUCCAUCAUCAUGGGAAACGUGAGGUCUCUCCCCAACAAGAUGGAAGAGCUCACAGUGCUGACUAGGCUGCAGUGGGAGUAUCGGGAGUGCAGCCUCAUGAUGUUCACAGAGUCAUGGCUGAACGAACUCACUCCGGACCCGCUCGUAACUUUGGAAGGAUUUCACAUCGUCAGAGUGGACUGGAGCGUUAGAGAGAGUGGUAAGAAGAAAGGAGGCGGGAUAGCAGUGUAGAGAUGGUGUAAUGCUGGGCACGUCAGUGUUAAAGAGCAACUUUGCUCUGAGGACAUUGAGCUGCUGGCUGUGAGUUUGCGGCCAUAUUACCUGCCGAGGGAGUUUUCACACGUCAUUGCGUUAACUGUUUACAUCCCCCCCUCGGCUGAUGCUGCUGCAGCCUGUGAACUCCUCCAUAGUGAAGUGUCCAAGCUACAAACAUCGCACCCUCAGUUUCUGAUCAUCAUCUCUGGAGACUUUAAUCAUGCAUCGCUCUCCUCCACUCUCCCUACCUUCAGCCAGUAUGUAAACUGCCCAACAAGAGACAAUAAAACUUUGGACUUAUUGUAUGCAAACACCAAGCAUGCAUACACCUCCUCCCCCCUCCCCCUGCUGGGCCGCUCAGAUCACAACCUGGUGAGACUGCAGCCCAUUUACAUACCUAUGGUGAAGAAACAACCCCCCACCAUCAGGUAUGUUAAGAGGUGGUCACUGAGGCGUUGCAGGACUGUUUUGAGACUACAGACUGGGAUGUACUGUGCGGCCCACAUGGUGAUGACAUCGAUACCAUGACAGACUGUAUCACAGACUAUAUAAACUUCUGUGUUGAGAACACCGUACCCACCAGGAAAGUACGGUGUUUCUCCAACAGGAAACCCUGGGUGACCCCGGAACUUAAAGUCCUCCUGAAGGAGAAGAGGAGGGUCUUUAAAUCUAGGGACAAGGAGGAGCUGAGGAGGGUGCAGAAGGAGCUGAAGAAGAAAAUCAGAGAGGGAAAGGCCAGCUACAAGACCAAGAUGGAAAACCUUUUGCAACAGAACAACGCAAGGGAGGUCUGGAGAGGCCUGAAAUCCAUCUCAGGUCAUAGCAGGGGCUAUGAGAGGGGACCUGAAGCAGGAGACAGGGAGUGGGCCAACGAGCUGAAUCUGUUCUUCAAUAGAUUUGACUCUUCUCCCACUCCUCCCCCGACUCAUCAAACCAACGAACCGUCUGCUGCUUCUUCUUCACACCACCUCAGUCCCAUGGCACCGGCAUCAUCAACCCCCCUCCACUCAUCCACCACCACCCCCUCCAGCACCACCCCCAGCCUCUCCAUAACAGCUGACCAGGUGAGAAGUGAGCUGAGGAAGAUGAAGCCAAGGAAAGCCACGGGUCCUGAUGGCAUCAGCUCCAGACUCCUGAGGGACUGUGCAGACCAGCUCUGUGAGGUGCUACUGCACAUCUUCAGCUUGAGACUGAGUCUGGAGAGGGUCCCAACACUGUGGAAGACUUCCUUCGUGAGUCCUGUCCCCAAGACAGCACACCCCAGGGAGCCCAACCACUUCAGACCUGUGGCCCUCACACUUGUGCUGAGGAACCUCCGCCCCCUGGUGAGCUCUCAUCUGGAUCCUCUGCAGUUUGUGUACCAGCCAAACAUCGGGGUGGACGACGCAGUCAUCUACCUGCUGCAGAGGUCCAUGGCCCACUUGGAGAAUACCGGCAGCACUGUGAGGGUCAUGUUUUUUGACUUCUCCAGUGCUUUCAACACCAUCCAGCCUUCACUGCUCAGGGGGAAACUCGAGUGGACUGUCACCUAGCCGCAUGGACCGUGGACUACCUCACCGACAGACCACAGUUUGUGAGGCUUCAGAACUGUGUAUCGGACAUGGUGGUCUGCAGCACAGGGGCUCCACAGGGGACAGUGCUCUCCCCCUUCCUCUUCACCCUGUACACCUCAGACUUCAGCUACAACUCUGGGAGCUGUCACCUCCAGAAGUUCUCUGAUGACACAGCCAUCGUCGGAUGUGUAUCGUCAGGGGAUGAGCGGGAAUACAGGACUGUCAUCAGUGACUUUGUCAACUGGUGUGGCACAAACCACCUCCAGCUCAAUGCCAGUAAGACAAAGGAGAUGGUUGUGGAUUUCCGCAGGAGGAGGACACCUCAGACUGUCCCAGUGAACAUCCAGGGUCUGGACAUCGAGAUGGUGGAGUCCUACAGAUUCCUGGGUGUCCACCUCAACAACAAACUGGACUGGUCAACCAACACAGACGUACUGUACAAGAAGGACCAAAGUCGUCUCCACCUCCUGAGGAGACUGAGGUCCUUUGGAGUGUGCAGGACUCUGCUCAGGACUUUCUGUGACUCUGUGGUAGCAUCUGCACUUUUCUAUGCGGUGGUCUGCUGGGGGGAAGGGAGCACCGAGAGGGACAGGAAGAGACUGAAUAGACUGGUCAGGAGGACCAGUUCUGUCCUGGACUGUUCUUUGGACUCCCUGGAGGAGGUGGGUGAGAGGAGGAUGUUAGCAAAGCUUAUAUCCAUCAUGGACAAUCCUUCUCACCCACUGCAUCAGACUGUGGGGGCUUUAAACAGCUCCUUCAGCAGCAGACUGAGACUUCCACCUUGCAGGACGGAGUGCUACCGCAGGUCAUUCCUCCCCUCUGCAAUAAGACUUUACAACGAACUGUAAUAAUAACUGGAUUUAAACCACCACUUUUUUCUGGCAUUUAAAUUGUGUAUAUUGUAUAUAGUUUUAUUUUGCUUCUCCCUUUUUCCUUUUUCUAAAAUUUUUCUUAAUUAUUACAUUUAUUUAAGUUCUUAAUAUUAGGAUCUUUAUUUUUAUAACUGCAUUUUUGCACUCUUUGUCUGUGAUGCUGCUGUGACAAAAAGAUUUCCCCCAUGGGGGAUCAAUAAAGGAAUAUUCUAUUCUAUUCUAUUCUAAAAAAAAAAGAACACAGAAGAAUAAACAAAGGAGUGUUUGGGUACAUCCCAUAUUGACUUUGGGGAAGGAGAUGGGCGAGUUCCACACCACCAUCCAGUGGUCCUGUACCGCAAUUACCAGCCUCUCUCCCAUCGUUGCUGUCGGUGGUGUGUGUCUUGUGAACUGCAGCCGCAUGGGUCUGUGACGUCAUCAACAACAUGACUUUUGAUUGGCCAGAGGUCUACCAGGCAAAGGCCUGCGAAUAUCCGAGAAAUUCGACACAAGAGCGAAAAAAUAAAAGUCGCUUCUCGCCCUGCGGAAAAAUCGCAGCUGGUGUGGAAGCUUUGACUUUAUGCUGUUUUUAAAAAGGCGAAUCAUUCGCCUGGCGAAUUCGCGCCUGGUGUGUAAGGACCUUUAGUCUUCUCUUACUGUGCUCUUAUUUCCUUCCUCUCCCCUACUCUUUUUCUCUUUUUCUUUAACAUCAUCUUAGUUCAAGUUUUUAAACUUCAACUAUGUGUUGUAUGCAUAGCAAUCCAAGAUUAAGUCUUAACUUAUUUUUCUUUAAUUUCAGUCAUUUUUGAAACAGUUUCGACUGGCCAUUGAGCCUCUUUCUCUUAGUUAUCUGCAUUACUUCAAAGUUGCUACUGAAUGCCACACAAAGCCCAAAGGACCAAAGUCAUUUUCUGUGCCAGUUACGUGGUGAGACCAAAGGAGCAUCCAAAGGAUAAAUAAGGUGCUGGUUUUUGAAUUCAGGCCUGUGUGCUGUGAUUCCUGGCCCAUCUUUUGUCUGAAUUUGGUCCUCCUUUGAAUCAAACCUCUUAAAAGGCUGGUUGCCUGGACUUUCGGUAAACCUGCUCCAUCCUCUCCCAGGACCAGUCUCAUUUAAUUAUCCAAACCUCCAGAGCUCCAAACAGGGCUGAUGCCUUCUCAUGCAUUCAUGAUUCAAACCAUCACUUAUUUGAGUAAUCCUAAAUUCAUCCAAAUCCACAUCCAAAUUUAUCUUUACACCAGAGUUUGUGUAGGUUGAUAUGUUAGAGCAUAUUCACUCAAUAUCAUUAACUUUUGUAGUCCUAGCCUGACUCAGAGUCUUUACCUCACCUUAACUCAUCUUAUUCAUCCUCAUUAUCUUAUCCUAAUUCAUUUAUCCUGUAAUACAGAUCAUUUGUUUUUCUAAGUUCAUAUCUGUUAGUGUUCUUCCAGAAGUUGAGUCCCUGAUAUCAGAUUUUGGCUUGAGAUAUGACAUUGAUUGAUUUAAGAUUAACUUAAAGGGGACCUGCCAUCAAAAUUUCGUACCCAUUUUUAUCAUUUUUUCAUAAUCCUUGAUGUCCUCUGAUCAUGUUUGCAACAUAAUUUUAGCUGAAAAGUUAUUUGAUGGUUUGUUUUAGUAUGCCUAAAAAACCUUACAGGAAAACCAACAGAUUUUGGCUCAUUAACAUUUAUGGUAAUGAGCUUUGCUCUGAUUGGAUCGCUGCUGUGAAGCCUGCUGUGCUCUGAUUAGCUCAGCAGUGGAGGUUCGGAUUUCGGUUUAUCCAUUUUGCUAAUGUGUGCUAAAGUAAGGUGCCCAGAUGUCUGUAAUGAUAUCCGGGGAUAUUCGGUGCGGCGGCAGCGGGUGCAGGGGCUGUGUGAUCACAGACAAAAUCUCGGUACUAUUUAGUAGCAGUGCAUGCCCCUUGUAAUAACCCCCUUAAAAACUGUUGUUCAGUGCUGCUUACUUGUGCUUCCUACCCAUUCGGCUACUGUAAUAACCGUUGUUCGAGCCCACACGCAACAUUUUUGCUCUCAUUCAUGAAACGCUUAAAUCGUGGACAUUUUCGGGGACAGCUUUUGCCGGGGACAGGUCAUCCACUACGGGGACUGUCCCCGGAAAUCGGAGACGUCUGGUCACCUUAUGCUAAAGGCUAAAAAUGGCAGGUAUUAAACCAUUUUAGACCCCGAGUCCGAAGAGGAGGUGGAAGUUAAAGAAGAAGCCGGAGAUCUCCAGCGGUGUUUUCAUUCAUUCUGCCCAGCUUUAAGUUCAUUUUCCCGGCAGUGAACCCAAGGAAACACUGGUCAUUUGGAAGAGACCCAUAGCGUAUACAGUGGUGUCCUGGCUGGAGAGUGAUGUUGACUGUGAAUGAGUACGAGAACGAGAGAGUGGGCGCGGCUCACCGAGGACGCGCUCGUGAAUAAUAAUGAGCAAGGUCAGCGCAACAUCAGAGGGACCUGCUUUUUCAAUCGGCCUGGUUUACCCGUUUCUUAAUUUUAAAUAUUUACAGAAUGCAAACGACAUAACGGUUUGUUUUCACAUUUACAACAUAAGACGAACAUAAUAUGGACCUUAUCUGACACAAAAAACACACAAAAUUACAUUUUGAUGGCAGGUCCCCUUUGAUGUUUGAUUUCUGACUCUUUAUUUUUUUUAUUUUCCCACCAUUAAAGUUGGGCGGUGCCCCUAUCAACGAGUUCAUAAAUGUCAUAAUUUAAGAUUAUUAUCAAAUCAAAAAAAAUCAAUACUUUAUUUAUAAGGCACUUUUCCUACAGGAAUGUGACUCAAAGUGCUUUACAAGUUAAAAACAAAAACAAAAAACUAUCCCGAAUGCCCCCUUACCCCCCACAUACACACAGACACACACACACACACACACACACACACACACACACUAGGAUAAUGGGCAUGAGGAUGAGUGCAGAUGAACCAGUUGAGAAGGCGCCAUCAGCACCAGGAGCAGAGAGCCGCCCGCAGCCACAGGACACCAACACAUGGCCAGUAGAAGGAUGUGUCAGACAGCAACCUCCACCAGGAACCCCAUGGCUGGCCCCUGCAACCACAGAGGAAACACUGGGGGUCAUAAAAAUGAUAAAAGGAUGAAAACAAGUAAAAACUAAAAUAUGAAUAAAACACAGACCUAAAAUAAACCAAGGCUAACCAGCAUAAAUGAAGAUAAAACAAAUAAUUAUCAAUUAAAAGCUUAGCUAAAAAGAUAGGUCUUGAGCCUGCUCUUAAAAAUAUGAAUGUUCUCUGCGGUCCUGAGGUCCUCUGGCAGGCUGUUCCAUAGACGAGGGCCGUAAUAUUGAAAAGACGCCUUCCCAUGAGAGUGUGUCCUGACUUUGGGAAUGGCUAGGAGCCUGCUGCCAGAGGAGUGCAGGGUCCACGAGGGUUCAUAAGAUAAAAGCAGUUCUGAAAGAUAAGAAGGCCCAAGACCAUUAAGACAUUUAAGGGCCUACAGGGCUCUGGUUUCCAAACCCUCAGCCCCACCUAUUAUUUUUCUCACCAGCUGCCACUGCUCGGAUGUGUGGUGGACAGAGUUUAGGACGUUUUAUAUUUUUUGAGGUCACGUUUCCUCCAUUAUUUUAAAUCAGAUCUCCGUCAAACAGUGGUGUGGUGUGAUAAGCUCCUGUGAAAGCUGUAGCUUUGUGAACACAAGUGGGUUUGUGUGGAUGAGAGGAGACAAGUGUGUAGAUGAGGGAGUCUCUGGUGAUGAAGUUUAUACAGUUAAUACUGAUGUUUACUUCAGAUCGCUACUCUCUCUCUCUGUUUGUGUGUGUGUGUGUGUGUGUGUGUGUGUGUGUGUGUGUGUGUGUGUGUGUGUGUGUGUGUAUGUGUGUGUGUGUGUGUGUGUGUAAUGUUGCUACUGCCUCCUCCUCCGCUUCUCCUUCUCGCUUACAUGGUCUCUUUCUGACCGGCCCAAAAGCAUACGCCAUCGGGUCGGAAGGAUAGACCUCCACCACAUCCAUCUCAAAUUUGUCCUCCGACAUCUUACCGCUAAGCGAUUGACGUGACCGUGACGUCACAAUUGUCGUAAACUCAAGAUUGAAAGCGGUUUUCCUAUUAAACAGCUGAUUUUUUACACAAAAUAUCUCAGACUCUCUCCUAAUUGAUUUAUUUUACCACGUGAGGAUGCCAAUGUGGUGUGUUUCAUGUCCUCUUUAAAAACAAGUGAAAGAACCUUUAAAUCGAUCCUAAAACACACAGGGAGCCAAUGCAAUGAUUCUAAAACCUGUGUAAUGUGGGCCCGCCUCCUGGUCUUAGUCAGGACACGUGUUGCUGAAUUUUGUAAUAAUUGUAGACCUGAAAUAUUAUUUUUGGGAAGACCAGAAAGCAGGGCAUUACAAUAGGGCUAUACGACUAGAGAAUGGGGCAGACUCUGGCGAUGUUCUUUAAGUGAUUAAAACCUAUUUUUGUUAUGUUCUUAAUGUGUGGACUAAAAGUCAGCUUAGAGUCAAAAAUGAUGCCCAGGUUUUUUACUUGUGGUGAUGGGUUAAGAGACAGUGCUUGUAGUUUGGGUAAAAGUUUCUCUCUCUGGGCCUCAGGACCGAUGACUAAAACUUCAGUUUUGUCUUGGUUAAGCCGGAGAAAGUUUUCUGCCAUCCAGGAUUUGAUAUCUAAAAUUCAGUUAAAAAGAGCAUCCAUUGGCCUGGUGUCAUCAGGAGACACAGAGAUGUAGAGCUGUGUAUCAUCAGCAUAGCUGUGGAAGUUGAUUCUGUGUCUCUUGAUGACACCGCCAAGAGGGAGCAUGUACAGGUUAAAAAGCACAGGGCCUAAAAUCGAACCCUGGGGUACACCACAUAUGAUUAUAUAGACUUUGGAGGAACAUGUGUCUACACUUACCAUGAAUGUCCUGUCUAUUGGGUAGGAGAUGAACCAUUUGUCAACAGCACCUGAGAGGCCGAGGUGUUUUAGGCGGUUUAAAAGAAUAGUGCGGUCUACUGUAUCGAAGGCAGCACUAAGAUCCAGCAGAACCAACACUGUCACCUUUUGUGCAUCAUAAUUGGAUCUAGUAUCGUUUAAAAUCUUAACCAAGGCGGUCUCUGUGUUGUGGUUCACCCUAUAACCAGAUUGACACUUCUUAAGAAUAUUAUGGUUAUCUAAAAAUUCUCUAAGUUGGAUAAAAACAUAGACGUUUUUCUAAAAUUUUGCUUAAAAAUGGUAAGUUAGACACUGUCCUGUAAUUGUUAAAAUCGUUAAAAUCCAAAUUGCUCUUCUUCAGCAGGGGCCUCACCACUUGCCGCUUUAAAGGCAGCGGGAAAUACCCCCAUCUGAAGAGAGCAAUUCAUCAUGUUUAAAAGUUCGUUUCUGAAAGAAUCAUAAAAAAAACUUAUGAAUGAGGGUCUAAAAGACAUGUGGUGGGCCACACUGAGGCUGUUAUUAUUAAUCUUAGGACAUUUAUUAUAAAUUCUAUUUGCUACACAUGGUACAGAAUAUGUAUCAGUCUGUUUAAAUAAGUUUUUAAUAACCGAAAUGUAAAAAUCAUUUUCUUUUUACAACUUUAAAUGCGCCUUUUUUUUUUUUAGGGUCCCCCUAUGCAAAGAGCGCAAUCAUUUAAUGCCAUGUUUCUACAGAAGCACAGAACGGACAAACUAGUGACAAAUGUGUUUUUGUGUUUAGUAAGCAACUGCAUGAAAUGCAGCAGUUGGAGGAUGAGGACAGAGUGGUUGUUGUUGAGUGCAGAUUUGUAGAUUUUUUUGAUGGUGUAUUUUAUUUCUGAAUUUAAGUGUGUAUCUGUGUGUUUUAAGGAGGCGGAGGGAGCAGAGGAAAGAUGAGGAAGAGAGGGGAGCAACGUGAGGAUAGCACCACACUCAUCUCCAUGGAUGCCAAGCCGGAAGACAACUAUGGCAGCAUCGUCACGGUAACAGCUGUCAGUAUGCAUGUGUUUAAAAUUUUUUGAGGAAGAGGUAAAAUGUCUGAGCAGUGAGAUAAACAUCAGGUGGAGUUCCUCAGGGCAACGCUCUGGAUCUUUUUUUCUUUCUGGUCAUUAAGCCAUAAAUAACACGUCUAAUGUUAAUACCAGCAGGGGUACUGUUUAAUGGUUCUGAAGGUUUGUGAACAAUAAAAUCCUAUAUCUAAUCAAAAAUGGUGUAGAGACAAAGGUUGAAGGUGAAAAAUAAAUGCUCAUUUUCAAAUUUGAUGUCAGUAACAUCAUUUUAAAGUUGGGAGCAUAGCUCUAUUUACAGCUCUGCUAAUCUGGGUUUGGUCAUCUUAAAAGUCUGAGUCUGGAUCAUGUUGUUCCUUUAAAACUCAAGUCAAAAGUCAAGUGGACUCUCUGACCUUGAAGAGAAAAAGUGCACUUUUAAAGUUGCACCAUUCAGAUUCAGAUGAAACUUUUUGAACCCCAGUGGUGAAGGGAACAGAAGCUUAAAGCCUCUCAAAGUCAGACCCUGAUGGUUCAGGCUUUAAGCAAGUUUUUGGUGAAACUCAGCGUGUGUUUGUGUUCAUGCUGCUAAAGCAGGAAACAGGAAGGGUGUUUGGAAAUGAGAGAGUGGCUCUACUUUUGUUUAACACUGACUGAGUGAUGAAGCAGUAAAACACUGGGAAGCACAAUGGAGGUCUGUCCUGCCCUGUCCUCAAUGUUUGUCUUCACUCUCAUUAAAACAGUAAAGACAUGAAACAGCAGGAAGUCAGAUCUGCACUUACUAGCUGAAUCAAACUCAUGUAGGCUGGUCAUCAAACAGUACACAGUGUUGAUGAAGAGGAGGAAAUAACCCCCAUCAUUCAUCAAGCACCAAUUCAAAGAUUUCAACUCUGGAGUUUCAGCUGUCCGUGACUCAAAGCUUCUCAGUAACACUUGUGGACACUGUGGCCCUCAUUUAUCAAGCUUGCGCAGAUCUGAGCGCAGGAUUCGUCGUCCGAUAGAACACACGUGAGAUUUAUGAAAGGGUUCGUAUCUGACCAAUCCCAGCGUUCGUAUAAUCGGGUCUUGAUAAAUGCGGUGGCUGAAAUCGAUCGUCAUUAACAUGUUUACGCCCUUAAAUAUUUGUGGUUCAGAAGCCUCGCCCACUGAGGUCAAACAUGAGAAAGAUUCAAAACUUUUCCGAGCUGAAAGUGGAUAUUCUCACAUCUGUGAUGGAAACUAACAAGGAUUUUCUCUUUGGAAGCAUCAAAACUGGUCUAAAAGCAGUCCAGAAAAUUCCUUUUCUGGAGCAGGAUUAUGGUGGCGGUGAACAGUGCUGCCGCGGAAUAGUGGACAGUGGCUGAAGUUUGAAUAAAUCAUUAGUCAAUAUGAUGAAGAAUUAAUAUCUCAUACAUGCCUGAUAUUUUUUAUUGCCAUGACAUAGGGUACGUUGCUCCUAUUAUUGAAAGUAUUUAGUUUUAAUUUGUUGCGUCUUUGUAAUGUAGAGCAGACUGGAUAGUCUGACAGAGGAUGAACAAAAAUAAUUAUUAACCUCACCAAACGGUGUGUUGCUGCUCCUGAGGCACAUUUUUAUGGAUUUCUAUUGGAUUUUUAUUACUGAUUUAAUAGCAAGAGCACUUUCUAAACUUCUACUUUACAUGUCAGAAUCCAUCGAUAAGGUCCUGUCUCCCCUGUACAGCACCUUUGUGGAGUCUCUCCUCGUUAUUGUUCUCCGGGCAUCGGGUCCUCCCGUUGCACCGGCACAGCCAACGGCACUCCAUUCACCUGAGCAACAUUGUGCAAAACUGUACUGGCCCAAAUGAUGUCCCACACCCUUUUAGGAGUGUACAACAACGUCCCCGCUGCUGGGCCAAGACAGAGACACCUGCCUCUUAGGAGUCAAACGCAGCGCUCCACAGUGGUGCGUGUGUGCGUAAUGUUAAAACGGCGCUCCUGCUCUGUGGCAGUGUUUCUAGGCAGAAUUAUCAAAUAGGCCUAUUCACUAAGGACAUAACACAUUUAUUUUAUUUUAUUUUAUUUACAUCUUAAUCUUUAAUGAAAUCUGGCUGAUUGUACUUAAUGACAGGUUUGAGGUUUGUAUAUCAAUUAUUUUGAGACAGACAUUUGCUGCACUGUAGAUCCACACUGACUCAAACUUGCGUACACAAUGUCAGACCUGUAGUGAGAUUUGGUCGUAGCGUACGCUCACGUGCAGAUUGAUAAAUGCCAAUCCUCAACGUCAAAAUUGUCGUACGCAAGGUGUACGCAAGUUUUCUGCUGUUCGCAAGCUUGAUAAAUGAGGGCCUGUGUGUUUAAAUUCAUUUUACCGCAUUUUCAGACCAAAGUACUGCAACCCUCCCUGAAAACUGAACAACUUUACAGAUUUUUUAUUGUUUAUUUCAAAUUUGUUUAACCAGGAAAGUCACGGAAAUCUCUUUCAAGGGUGACCCAGCCAAACGCUCCCAAAAUCCUGAAUCUACUGAGAAUGAGCCUGAAUCCAAAUAUGAGUUCAGGAAGGCACAGAUAAUGAGAUGGAUACUGAUAUUUUUUUAUAUUCAAAUAAACUGUAAAUUUUUCAUCCACCCAUCCAUUUUCUUCCACUAUCUUGGGUUGGGUUGUGGGGUAGCAGUCUAAACAAGUCCACCCAAGUCUCCCUCUCCCCAGCAACACUCCCCCCAGCAACACUUUCUUGCUCCUCCCCUGGGUUCCCAAGGGGUUCCUAAACCAGUCAAGAUAUGUAAUCCCUCCACUGAGCUUGAGGCAUAUCCCAGGGUCUCCUCCCUUCUGUUUCAAUUUGGCCAUACAGGGAUUGAAGGGAUCCCAGCCACAGCCCCGAACCCCAUACUCCCACCAUAGACCCCCUGAUGGCAAGGGUUGGAAGCCCUCUCCAAGUCCACAAAAUACAUGAAGAUCAAAUGGGCAAACUCCCACUUAUUCGCCCAGCUCUGUCUUAUAUUAAGCCCUUAACAUGCUGGUGUUCAUUUUUCUGACAUCUUCUGUUUGAAUGAGUUAUUUGGCAUAAAAAGCUGUGAUUGACCGAUUUGUCGACCAAUGAGGCUCCUGCAGCACUAUAGUUGGUGUCAGGGGUUUUUACUCUGUAGUUCUUAGACUUGUAGUUUGAAUGACUUCAGUUUAGUCGUCUUCAAACAGGAGGUGAUCUUCAGUUAGUUUAGCACACAAACAUAAGCCAGAAACGCCCUCAAGAGAGAGACAUGUAUUACAUUGUACCUGUGAGGACAUUCAAACCUCAGACACUCAGUUUUUUCUGCAGAUAUUACUGUAGCUUCAUCACUACUUCCACAGUUAACAAAAACUUUUUCUGCACAUGCAUUUGGAUUUUUAGUACAGCAAAGUUGGUGGGAUAUUUGCAACUUCUGUUGGCCAUUUUUUAUGAUGUCCCCCUGAAUCUAUAGCCUUCACCAAAGUUAGGAAACAUGGGUGGUUACCAAUACCAGGGCUAGAAAAGGGUUGAAACUGGAUGUAAUAUGUUACUCCUUAAAAAGUCAUCUAAGACAUUGCCUGCUCUUAUUUCCCAGGGUGCACCUAUUCAGCCCCCGGACAGAAACGUGUUCAGUGACGGAUCAAGUCGAGUUGGUGAGUAAAACAAACGCCCUGCAGAGUCAAUAUUAGUUCAGAGGCUGAGCCAGCAGAAUAAGAAAGCAGAGGUGUCUGCAGUCACUGCUGCUGAUAGACUGGACUCACUGUCUCUGAGUGUAGGACAGUCUGAUGGACAUUUGAAGACAUUUUAGGGGUUCAGACGUUUUGGAUUUACAGACCUAAUAUUGGAAAUAAUCAGCAGGUCAAUCAAAGACAGAUAAGGGGGCAUUCCAGUCUGUAAUCUAACAGCUAGUUAUCACAAAUACCCUUUCUACACAUACCACCCUUCAAGUCUUGGUUUGGUCCAGUCCGGAUAACUGCUGUCAGAAGUGCUGGAGCCAGAAGUGAUCUUAUUUGGAUCAGUGGGUGGGGUUACAGAAAAGUAGUUAAAUUGCAAAGCUGUAUUCAUUUCCCAAUCUUUCCUUUAAAAAUCAUUAAAAGGCUGAAACACAAACACAGCCAGCAGAUUAAUUCAAGAGACUAAGUUAGCUGAGGUAGCACCCAAGAUUGGGGUUAGCUAAUACCCUAAUCCGAUUAGCUUGACACUUGUACAACAGGUAAAUGGGUGAGUUCUUUAUAAAUUCAAUCUGUACAGCUGUCCUGAGAAAUCCCAGAGAAAUGAGCUACUGAGACCCCAACUGUUUCUGUUCUAGGCUGUAAACAGGUUUAUUUCUGCUAUAGAGUUUUAAAAUGGACCCUAGGGGGCUAACUCACUGCAGGACACAGACUCUCGGGGACACUCAUAGAAGUGCAGUUUUUGGGACUUUCACUUUGGCCUCUUUAUUCAGCCCUGGAGGUUCUUUCUCAGUUAGCAUCAGCAGUGAUGACGUAGCAUGAGUGCUGCUUUGACUCUGGAGCUCCUGUUUAUCAGAUUUCGUGUUGGUGUGGGAGGAGCCUCGGUGCUCACAGAACGAGGAGAGUACAGGUGCUGGUCAGGACCACAGGAAGUGGAGGCAGAAGUUUCUGAACAAACUGAAACAAUCUGGUCUGCUGCAGGAACUGGUGAGUCAAAAGAAUGGAAAUUAACAUUGUUAUGGAUGAAGGAGAACAAUAAUUAGGAUACUGAUCAGUAAUUGUUAUUUGGUAUUCAGUAAAUAUAAAACAAGAGGGGACCCAGAGCUCAGCCCAGGGGAACUCCUUAAAACAAUCCCAUGAGCAGUGAAGGACUGAGAGCUGUAAUGCAGGGUCUUUGUGUCUCUACAGAGGGAAGUCCUUCAGCCAAAGACAAGGAUCUGUUUCAUCCUCCUUAGUGCUCCAUGGAGCACCCUUUGUUACUACGCUGAGGAGAUCAGCCUGAGAGCACCUCUGCAGGUAAAACCUCUGCCUUUGACUCCUAGAGGUUGCAGUGUAGUUCAUUUAUCUGUAACCAUUUGUACUUUCAAUGCUUCCUCAUUCAAAUAAAUAGUUAAUAUUAAAUCAGUCAGCACCUUAGCAUGACCACUUUUCAUAGAUCUUAACAUAGAAUUUUUUCAGUAUUUGCAGUAUGAUUGUGUCUACGUUGCACUGACCAAUCAGCAGACUUUGGUGUCUGCAGAAAAAGGCAGAACACAAUCCACUGGAAAACAUCCCAGAUCCCAUGGUUGGUAAUCUGGGGACAUUAAGUCUCUCUACAAACGAAUAUCUGGACAAUGGUAGAUGCUCAGGGCUCUGAUUUAGAAUCAUAUCAAGUGCCCCAUGUAAAUGCGGGGGGGGGGGGGUCUGACUCUCCACAGACAAAUGAACAGUAAACCAUAUCAAAACCUCUGAGAGGGUAUUUACAGAGAAGCUGAGACUCUCUAAAGACAGAUGAACGGCCAACAAAUUUCUGUCCUCUUGUGAUGAAAACAAACAGUCCUCAGAGUUAUUAUCUGGACUGAAAACAAUGUGGUCAACAAUGUGAAGAAGGAGCUCUUGGCUUUUAGGUGUUUAUUACUUGCUGCUGGAUACACUGACAUUCCAAGAUGAAGAUCCCAUCAUUUGCCAGUGGCUGUUUGGUAUCAAGAUUCUCUCAGUAUGUCAGUAUUGUAUGCUCAGUGUAUUUCUUCAGUGAGCUGUAUUAUCCUCAUUAAGUCCUCUGUAUCCCUGCAGGUGGUCACUGCUCCAGUCAUUAACUGGUCUGAACAGGUUUUGUCCCGUCUGUCCCUCAGCAGUCCUAUGUCUCAUGAUGUGCCCAACCCUCCACCUGACUACUACACCUGUCAGUUCAGGACCAACAAGCUGGAGAGGUGAUGAUAACAGAGACACACAGAUUGUUGACUGAUUUGGCAGGUUAUAUUGUCAAUAUGUAAUUACAAUUAAAGAAGAAUUACAACAAAAACUCCCACCUGUUUCUUUCAACUGAGACAAAGUGUCUGUUUAGAUUUGUCAACCCAGAAGCCUGUGUGAGUAGCAUAACAAGAACUUGAAGAAUCUAAAACAUACAGGCUAUGAGUGCUUUGUGGGCCUCCUUUUUGAUUGUCUGCAGGUUUCUGGGCAGCGAGGACAAGGAAAACUUCUUCAGAACAACUCAGAGACACCAGGUGGUGAGUACAGAUGCUCCAAAUAAAGAGUUAUUCAGGUAUACUCUUCGCUGAAAUGAAGAUGUUCAAAAGCUUUCAGGUUCAGAGAUGCUUCAGCCUGCAGCAGCACUAACACACAGACUAUACACACACACAUACAAACACAGACACCUGUAGAUAUUUAACAGAUGUUUCACUCCUGAUAGGAUGCAAACUGACUGAAGCCUAAGUAUUGAACGGCAUGUAAGUGGAGCUGAGCAUCGUUCGCAUUUAAGCAAAGUCAAAGAAAUGUUCAGUUUCUUUUUUGUUUUUCGGCAGUAAGAAACUUGAACAAAGAAUCAUGUGAGUUUAAAGGACUAAUUUUCUUUGUGUGACAAUUUAAAGUGACAAAGUUUUGAAUGGCUGCAGUACAUUGCUUUAGCUUGAGGUGGUAAACCGGUUUUAUUGUUGGCAGGAUUAUUUUCAGGCCCAGUACUGUGCUGAAGAUGACUAUAUACACACACACACACACACACACACACACACACACACACACACACACACACACACACACACACACACACACACACACACACACACACACAUAUAUAUAUAUAUUUAUAUGCUUGAGCACUAACUCACACUAACCAAACAACCCGGAGUCUGCUUGGGCAUGGUACAGCUCAUUAAGUUCUUGUUUUUUUUGUUACUGACAGGUUAAAAUUGUCAUCUUUUGACAACAAAAGGAGAAAAGUUCCCUACAGAGAUUUUUAUUUUAAAGAGAAACACUCCAAACUACACUGAGAGAAACUGGAGUCUUACAGACUGGAGCUGUUGGUCUAAUGCUGCCUGGAUUUUAUUAUUUUUUGCUGUUAUUUUGUGCUUCAGGAUCAUUGAGAUCAUUGAGUUGGGUCCUCACUGGAGAUAGACCAAUUGACUGGUUGGGCGGAUUAAUGAAGCUUAUUAAUGGCAUUUUGAUACCAUCAGCAUCAGCCAGUAUCUGGGCUCAAUUAAAAGGAUUAAAAGGCCAAAUCAUGUAUGCAGACCCCGUAGGCAGCCUCAUCAGCGCGGCUGCUGUCCUGCAGUGUUUAAAUUCACUAAAAAGAUUCAAUGCUGUCUCCGGCCUAAAUGACAGCAGAUCAAAUCUUACAGUUUCAGAUAAGUGUAGGUUUAAUACUCCAUUAUCAUUUGUAGAAUAACAGAAUUUAUUGACCUUCUGGAAAGUUUCAUCACCUCCAAUGUGUCAUGGAGGUGAUCAGUCUGGGUCUCUGUUUGGGCCUUAUGGGAGUCCAGCCAUCAGCUGGCCUGCUAGGUAAUCAGCAGCAUGAUCCAGUGAAAAACUGACUUCUAUUUCUCAGUAACCAUUUAAACACAGAAGUCACACAGCAGCACAAACAAACAAACAAACAACACAAACACACAGAUGGAGGCAACCUCAGUUUGGCGUCUUAUGUGUUUAUUCCAGAUGAUUUAUGAGCUUUCAUACCCAGAGAACAAACAAAAACUUUUUAGGUUUCUGUCAUCUGAUCCAGAACAUGUUCAUGUACAAAUGACAGAUGAGAUAAGAGUAUGAACUCCAUCUUUAUUCAUGCAGUUCUUCAGUGGUAUGAUAACUCUCAGAACAUGGACUUCAGGGCCCCCGGGGGUCUGUUCCUCCCAUUCAGUCAACAUGGUGCUCAAAUAGAAACCUGUAACAGCUCUUUAUUUACCUUUCUGCAAACAAACAGCCCAAAGGUGAAGGAAAAAUCCUUAGCAGGUCAACAUGUCAUCCACCUUUGAUUCAAUUACAUAAUCAUUCAGUAACAAUUGGACUAAUCGAUACGCCGUGUCAGUUUUUGGCCUAUGUCAUCAUGAUAUUGAACUUGGAAAUCAGUGCACAUGUAUCCAUAAUAAUCUUCGGAAUCUACACCCGUCCAUUUGUAAUCUUUCUGAUCCCUGACUCUCAACAUUUAUUCAUCCAAUAAACCCUGUGAGCCCUCUUUAAACUGCACUCUCACCACAGUUAUGGCUGAAUAGCAUUUGCGAUCAUGUUUUUGGCUGGCCCUCAUAGACUCAUCUAAUUGGGUUGGACAGGUAGACCCACUCAGCUCUCAGAUUCCAGGAUGUUUCAUUCAGUAGACGGAUCCUACGAACAGCUACGCCUCCUCCUCAAACACCAUUUACUAACACACACACAUCUGCAAAUACACACAGCUACAAACACACAAAGAAGAAAAUGAGAGCCCCACAUACACCCACAGAUACACACGCAGGAAAGCGGAUUAGCAUGUUUUUAAAAGGCACAUAAACAGAGGAACACAUGACACUGAUGAGAUGUUUGCUCUGAAACAUUCUCAGUGAGAUGAAUUUAUCAUCAUGAAUCAAUUUUAAGCUCCUGUGAGGAGUUUUGAUAGAGUUAUUCCAAAGACUGGAGUACAUCAUUUGCAUCUUUAUGAGUUAUGAAAACAAACAGGACCCUUAGUUGUGACAUCAGCUGUGGCUUUAGCAAUUUUCAGAGCCUGAAACUGCUACCAGAGGUUAGUGUCAAACUGAAUCUCUAACGGGUCUGCAGAAACUUCAAUUUUUCACAUUUCACCUGCAAAGAUUCUCUAUCAGUGAUCAGAUUUUUGUCAGAAAUCAUUCUGCAGGACAAAUUAAGCAAAGACAGCAUUCUGCCUUUUUUAUAGGGUGCACUAAACCCAGAAGUUCCUUAUGAGAGCUUUAAUUGAACUAUACACUGUAUCGGUAUACACACAUUCAUGCAGACCUAAGGAAAUCCCACUCUUCCUCAGGGUUGUGGUCAGUUCCCAGCCUUUUAGCAGCACUGUGGUGAACUUCUUCAACAUGGUCUGUGGUUCUUCUUCUAAAUGGACCUUUGUCAGCUUUUGUGAUGGGGCUUCCCACUGACGUCAGUCUGGAGAACUGCACCUGUAUGCUGAGCUCAUAGGUGACCCAAACUCAAGUUCUUCAUGAAAACUCUGUACUGAGUUUAGAGACUGAGGGGGUUUCUAAGGAGUCUCUUGAUCUGAAUUACACAGACAGGAAGAAGCUUAAAGAUCUUAUUUUGUCUAAAAUCAAACAUUUAUUUCCAGAUCUGUGGUGUAAUGUCAUCUUAUGUUUUUGGACCAUGUAAUCUAUAACAUAUGGAGGUCAGACCCAGAACAAGAGUCAAAGAUUACAGGAGGAACUUUCAGUUUCUGCUUUUGAAAAAUGUCCUGAUGUUUAAUUUCUUUCCUCUUCAAAUAAAACUUAACUCUCCUGCAGUGAUGGUUUUUCUUCUGUCCCUGCAGCUCUAUGAGAUCUUGGCCAGGACUCCCUAUGGUUCAGUGAAACAAGGGGAGGUGGGAAUAGACCGACUGCUGAAUGAGCAGAUCUUCACUGCUGCCUACCCACUACAUGAGGUGAUUGAAAUCCAGUCCUCAAGCCACAAGCCCCUAACCCCAAAUCCCUGUCCCCAAAACCAUGAUAUUGAUUCAAAUCCCCAAAAUCCCAAUGCCCGACCCAAAUUUCCCAAUCCUAAAUCCUAGACCACAAAACCAAAACCCAAAACCUAGAACCCCAAUCCCCAAUGUCCCCAAAACACAUCUCCAGUCCCUAAAGUUGGAGGAUUGGGGUCAGUGUCUGGCUAAAGGUAGAGCCUUACACCCAUGCCCUGAGGCCUGGCUGAGGUACUUUUUUCCCUGUUUCUAUCUGCACUGAGACUCUACCAAACAAAGAAAUGCUUACCAUUUAAAUGUAAUGCUGAGCCAUAGUAUUUAGCAUCAUCAAUAGUCCUGUUUCAUUUAAAUGAAACUUUUGGGGGAUUUUUCUGUUUUGCUGUGUGUUCACAGGGUGAUUUCAAGCUACCCACUCCUCCUGUAUCUCUUGAGGCCUUGAGUCUGAGACAGAUCCUGUAUGCAUACUGGGCAAAAUGGUCCUGCUGGAGACGCUACCAGCCUUUGGAUCACAUCAGGGCGUAUUUUGGAGAAAAGAUAGCACUUUAUUUUGCCUGGCUUGGUAAUUUCAGCAAGCUUUUUACUAAAUUACAGGCUGCUGGCUGCUACCUAUGCCCUAACAGUGACUAUGUCUGACUGCAGGUUUCUACACUGGCUGGUUGGUGCCAGCAUCCAUUGUUGGAACUGUGAUCUUCCUUGUUGGGUUUUGGCUCAUGGCCACUGAUGUGCCAGCGUAAGUUAAAACUCUGUAGAGCUCUUACUUUGACAAGGUACUUUUGAACACUUGAUCUACUUCAAAAUAUUUCAGGGCCGUACUAGAGCAAGACCUUUUUGACUGGGUGACCAAGCCAUUCAAAUACAAAACCCAACUCCAUUGAAGUUGGGAAAUUGUGAUAAACGUAAAUAAAAACAGAAUACAAGGAUUUGCAAAUCCCUUUCAACCUAUAUUCAACUGAAUACACUACAAAGACAAGAUAUUUAAUGUUCAAACUCAUAAACUUUAUUUUUUAUUUUUUUGCAAAUAAUAACUACCUCUAAAUUUCAUGGCUGCAACACGUGCCAAAGUAGUUGGGAGAGGGGCAUGUUUACCACUGUGUUACAUCAUCUUUCCUUUGAACAACACUCAAUAAACAUUUGGGAACUGAGGAGACUAAUUGUUUAAGCUUUGAAGGUGGAAUUCUUGCUUGAUGCAUAGCUUCAGUUGUUCAACAGCCCAGGGACCGUUGUCGUAUUUUACGCUUCAUAACGUGCCACACAUUUUCAAUGGGAGACAGGUCUGGACUGCAGGCAGGCCAGUCGAGUACCUGCACUCGAACUACGAAGCCACACUGUUGUAACACGUGCAGAAUGUGGCUUGGCAUUGUCUCGCUGAAAUAAGCAGGGGCGUCCAUGAAAAAGACGUUGCUUGCAUGGCAGCAUAUGUUGCUCCAAAACCUGUAUGUACCUUUCAGCAUUAAUGUUGCCUUCACAGAUGUGUACGUUACCCAUGCCUUGGGCACUAAUGCACCCCCAUACCAUCACAGAGGCUUUUGAACUUUGCGUUGAUAACAGUCUGGAUGGCUCUUUUCUUCUUUGGCCCGCAGGACACAACGUCCACUAUUUCCAAAAACAAUUUGAAAUGUGGACUCGUCAGACCACAGAACACUGUCCCACUUUGCAUCAGUCCAUCUUAGAUGAGCUUGGGCCCAGAGAAGCCGGCAACGUUUCUGGAUGUUGUUGAUAAAUGGCUUUCGCUUUUCAUAGUAGAGUUUUAAUUUGCACUUACAGAUGUAACGAUGAACUGUAUUUACUGACAGUGGUUUUCUGAAGUGUUAUUGAGCCCAUGAGGUGAUAUCCUUUAAACAUUGAUGUCGGUUUUUGAUACAAUGCAGCCUGAGGGAUCAAAGGUCACGGGCAUUCAGUGUUGGUUUCCGGCCGUGCCGCUUACGUGCAGUGAUUUCUCCAGAUUCUCUGAACCUUUUGAUGAUAUUAUGGACCGUAGAUGUUGAAAUCCCUAAAUUCCUUGCAAUUGUACUUUGAGAAACAUUGUUCUUAAACUGUUCGACUAUUUGCUCAUGCAGUUGUUCACAAAGUGGUGAACCUCGCCCCAUCCUUGCUUGUGAAUGACUGAGAAUUUUUGGAGAAGCUGCUUUUAUACCCAAUCAUGGCACCCACCUGUUCCCAAUUAGCCUGCCCACCUGUGGGAUGUUCCAAAUAGGUGUUUGAUGAGCGUUCCUCAAAUUUCUCAGUAUUUUUUGCCACCUUUCCCAACUUCUUUGUCAGGUGUUGCUGCCAUCAAAUUCUAAAGUUAAUUAUUAUUUGCAAAAAAAUAAAAAAGUUUAUCAGUUUGAACAUUAAAUAUGUUGUCUUUGGUAUAUUCAAUUGAAUAUGGGUUGAAAAGGAUUUGCAAAUCAUUGUAUUCCGUUUUUAUUUAUGAUUUACACAUCUUCCCAACGUCAUUGGAAUUGGGUUUUGUAAUAAGGUCUCAUAACUUUGACAGACUAAGUAAAGACAAUGGUGGAUCAGCAACUCCUGCGUUCUGCAACAAAAAAUUUAUCGUUUUGUCCAUGAAGUCUGGAACAUUGUAAAGACUGAUGUAACAGCUGUUAAUAGAUUGAAGAUCUACUUCUUCUCUGAAAUAAAAAAGUCUGUCCUUUUGAAUUCUUGUCAGACUUUUGACUUAUACUUUAGGCCUGUCACGAUCAAGAAGAAACUUUUUUAUGCAAUCCGCCUUCCUACCUCUUUCUGCAAAGAUAACAACAAAGUCAUUGCUACUGCUGUGAGAAUCAUUUGCAAAAACUCCAAAUUUUGGACUCCUUGAGAUUUGUACAUUUGAAAAAGAAACAGCGCAAACCUCCCAAAAUACCAAAACAACACUCUAAAGUAAAACCCUUUUUUCUUUAAAGUUUUGAUGAAGAAACUGAGAAGUAAAAUAAUCUGGAUUAAAUUGUCUUGCUCUGCAUCUAUGAUGACAACUCUGAGCUUUGUCUACAUGUCAUGAAAUUACAUUUAACAGAUUAUUAGAAUUUUAUGACAUGUAGAUAAGGCUGUAAUCCAUAACUCACAGGAUCCGUGUUGAGUGUGUUCCAUUAGCAUCACUUGCUGCGCAGCAAAUACGUUCCCACUCUAAUCAAUGUCGCAUCGCACAGAGGAAGCGUUGCAGGUCUGUCUCCGCUCUGUCUGCAAUCUGUGGCAGAAGUGUCCUGAUGUGCUGCUCUGCUAAAGAUACGUGCCGGGUGUAUUUUCAAUGCUCUAUGCUUCCAACACGUCACCUACACAGAACAGAUAUCAUCAGACAGGAAGUCAAGCACAAGAAGGAUAUAGUGAAAGGAUAUAGUGAUAAGUGGUAAAUUUCAGAAUAAAGCACCAUAUGGUGACCCCUGACUGUGUAUCUGUUAGUGUAGAUGAGAAAUACUCCCUGGUUAUGGGUUUAUCAUUGACACAGAACAACCCUAUGGCCAAUCCCUGAUCCAUGUGGACCCCAACAGGAUUUUUAACUGCUAACUGUCUGAAGGUAACAGCACAGCAAAGUGGAACAUAGUUUACUUUAUUAAACACAAGUAAACCUGCAAAAAUCCAAACUUUAAAAUCAAGUUUCUUGUUCACAUACAGUAGAAGCUAAACAGUCACAGAAAAAAAGCAGGAAUUAGCAGGAAAUCGAUCACAGAAAGGCAAAACAACCUGUUUUGAGUAUGUUGUUUCCUCUAUACUGAGCCCAGUUGAUCAGGGCUGCACUACGCUGCUGCUACGUUCCAAACAUGCUUCCAUCUGAUGAUAACAUGUGCUGUCCAACGGAGCUGGAACAUGAUGGUGACGAAACACUUCCAACACAGAUCCUGUGGGUUUUCGGCUUGAGAGUCUUCAUCACAAAGGCAGAGCGAGACAGUUGAAUCCUGAUUAUUUUAUUAUUAUUUUUUGUUUGUUUGUUUGUCCAAACUCCUUUUUUAUUGUUUUUUAUUUUUUUUAUUUUUUUUUAAUGGGGGUGAAAUUUCUGUUGAAUAACUCGUGUGUGUGUGUGUGUGUGUGUGUGUGUGUGUGUGUGUGUGUGUGUGUGUGUGUGUGUGUGUUUAGGAUGGAGGUGUGUGACAGUGACAACAACUUCAUCAUGUGUCCUCUCUGUAACAUCUGCUCCCACUGGAACUACUCCAGCAUAUGUGUCACUUAUAAGGUACCUAACUGUUCCCUUUGACACCUCUUCACUUUAAGGUUCAAGGUUCUUUAUCAGUACCCACCCAAGUACUAAUAAAAAACCUUGAACCUUCACUUUGUGAUUGGUUUUGCUGUAAUCUCUUAAAUUUUCUCCACAAUGUGUCCACAUGUCUGAGUCUCCAUCCAUUCUGUCGUCUCUCUCUCUCUCUCUCUCUGUAGGCAGGUCUCCUGUUUGACAAUGGAGGGACGGUGUUUCUCAGUGUCUUCAUGUCCCUGUGGGCAGUCACUUUUCUGGAGUACUGGAAGAGGACAUGUUCGGUUCUGUCUCAUCGCUGGGACUGUGCUGAAUUUCAGGACAUUGAGGUCCACUUUAUGAAUAUCUGACCACCAUCAGAGAAAAGGCGUGGUUAACUUGUUUUACUGUGAAAGUUGAUGUUACAAUCACGUUCAUAAAUGCUGUCUAUCUGUUCUACAUAGGAACGACCCCGCCCAGAGUUUACCGCCAUGGCGCCGAUGACCAUGAAGAACCCAGUGACAGGGGCUGAGGAGCCCUACUUCCCUGAGAAGACACGGUUUAACAGAACUCUGACUGGCUGCAUGGUCAUCAUUGUCAUGGUGAGUCUCCUGACCUUUGACCCAUCCAGCAUGUAUUUGUCAGUGAUUUAUUUUGCAUAUUCAACAUUAAACUUUUAACACAUACAAUGAUGACGAUCAUUAAGUACAGAGAUUCCUUUGAACAAGAUCUGGAUUAACAGGCAAGUCUGCAGGAUGAAGUGUUCAAUAGCAAAGACAAUGGAGACAAUGAAAAGGUGAUAGAAUAAAAGGCAUACAAUCAAUGGUAAAGAAAAACAGAUCAAAUUUUAAAAAGAGACUUUUAAAGAGAAUAGAUGGAGGGAUUUGACAUGCUCCACAGAGAGCAGCCCAAGUUAAAGCUCCUGUGAGGUGCAUUUUUGUGGCUACAAACAGACUGAAAUCAGUAAUCAUGUUUGCUACUGAGCUUUAAAAGCAAACACAACCAUCAGAAACCAGUUUGAUCAUUUGUGUCCUGUAAUUGUCAAUGCCUGAGGUCACUCACAGGCACUAAGAGCAUCCUGAAAAAAAACACCUUUUUUAACCUUUUCCAUUGAAAGGUUCACAGUCAGACAACAUAAUAUACGCAUGUACAGAGCGAGAUUAACAAAAAUGGAAGAGGUCUAGAUAAAAGCCAGAAUCGACACAAACAGGAAGUUCCUUGCAGGAACUUGAAGCUCUAAGGUUUCCUGUCUAAUAAGGGCAGGGUUUGCUUUAUCCACGGGAUGUUGUUCGACUUGACCUCUUUCUGAGGAAACUGCCUGGAGAACAUGCAAGCAAGCUAGGCUACAGUUACCUGCAGAUGGGGGUUGACUUUGCAAUGUAGUAAUUCAACAAAUUUUCAUAGAUUACAACUGAAGUUCUUUUCUUGAUUUUAGUGUACUCUUUCCUGAGAAAUUUUCAGCACUUUGCCACUGGGAGUCAUCUGUGUAGUUUUUGUUAUUUCCCCUUUAGCAGCUAACCUAGUGUAUUUACUGUAGAUCAGGUCAACAGAUCCUCGUAUAAGCCGUAAAAACACUGAGAGCUAAACUCUAAAGAUGCUCCAACAUUCAGCUUUUAUGCUUUUCUGGCUCAACUGCUGAAUGUUGAAGAAAAUGGGCAACAAACAGCAUUAAGUCUUCAGUACAGCAGUGGAUUCUGGUUAGUGAUGGUCUCAGACUGUAGCAGUAUGUGAACUGCUGCUGGAUUUGUAUUCCCAAACAUCCAGAAGUGCUGUUCAUACCAGGUCUCAGUGCUGACAGACCGGAGUUUCCUCUGUUAUGGGUGUUAGUUUACACACCUGAACCACCAGGUAACUACCUGGUAAAUCUCUCCCUCUCUCCAGUUUGUUAAGAAGUUUUUCCACUUCAGUGCAUGGAGUUGGCUUUUCCUCAUAAACUCUGGCUCAUAAAGGUGUCCACAUGUGUCCACAAAUAACAGCAUGUUUUCCUCACAGUCAGAAUCACUCAUUAAUUAAUUUGGUCAUAUUUUUGUCUCUCUGACAGGUGAUCAGGGUGCUGCAGGUGGAGGAACACAUCUGUGUUUUGCAUCUGCAAACAGAGCAAAAAUGAACACAUUUUUUGAUGGCAAAGUGCUGGAAAAAUUUCUCAGUAGAGCAUUCUCUCUCAAGUCUCUCAAAAUUAGCUAAGUAACAUGUCGAAGUUGACCCCGUCUGCAGAAAACUGUAGCCUAGCUUGCGUGCUGUUAUAAAAAGUUUAUAAAUUAUUAAACUAAUCUCUAGAUUAGACAGACAUACACACAAGAGCAGCUGUAGACAAAAGCUGUCUCUGUUUUGGUUCCUGUAAUCCUAUACUAACAGGAGCUUAAAGGGAAAUGAUUUAAGUGACCCUGCAAGAAACCUAUUUACAAAAUGUUUUAGUCUUUGAUGAAAAUGUUUCAGAGUUCAAAAAGUAAGCAUCAAAUUUCUGUUUGCAGAUUAUUGUGGUGCUGAUGUUUCUCAUGGGCAUCAUUCUGUAUCGCAGCAUCCUCAGGAUCAUCAUCUACAGGUCCGGCAAUAAAUUUGUCAGUCUCUCUGUAAGUACAGCACAACAUAACUGGAGUUAUGUUUUUAAUCUUUGUGAUGUUAAAUUGAAAGAAAAGAGACUUCAGGAGCAACCCCUCAAUUUGUUGACUUCACAUGUUUGUGUGUUUGUUGUGUCCAGGCUGGCAGGAUAGCCAGUAUUUCAGGAUCCGUGUUGAACCUGCUGGUUAUCCUCAUGCUGUCCAGAGUCUACACUUCGUUGGCCCACAUCCUCACCCGCUGGGGUGAGUCACAGAUUUGUCCUUCCUCUCCUCAUCCACGGCUCAGUUUCUUUCAAGAAUAAUCUGAUUCGAUGUAACCCACCAAGUUGGAUUGAAUAUUGAAAAUCAGUCUUAAAGUAAUGAAAAGAAUUUGAAAUCAGAUGCAGUAUUUGUUUUCAUCCUGAACCUUUAGUUCAGAUUGUUUGAAAUGUUGGGAAGAUUGGGAUGACGUUAUAAUGUAAAUUCAGGAUUAUCCUGAUCUAACAUAAGGGCCAGAAUAAGGCUGACAGCCAGUGGCGAUUGCUCUAAGACUGCAAGGGAAGCUCAGCUUCCCUUAAAAUGUCACCCCCCCCCAAAAAAAAGAAAAAGUAGUGAAAUACGUACUGCUGUGUGUACAUUUCAUUAACUAAAUACGCGCUAGAAAGUCUUCAUCUUUUGUUCAGAAUCAGCUUCAUAUCACAGUGUGGUAAGAAGCUGAUUCUGCACAACUUCGUUCUCAUUCAUCCUCGCAGCGCCUCAGCGCUUUAAACAGCCGGACGCUGGGCUUCUGCUGACUUCAAUGUGGAAAGCUCAAAGUGGGUUGUUCCAGCAGCGAAACUAGACGCUCAUUGGAUAAAUGCUGGGCUUUGUCCCACCCAUCGGAUGCUCAGCUUCUCUGGAGUUCUAUGGCGAGGGGGCGGUCCCGACUUUCUCCCGGACUCCGAGCUUCUGCAUCCAUGAUUGGAUGAGCUGUCUGAGGCGAAAUCCUUUUUUGAUUGACAGCUAAACAAGCCAAUCAGCGAUCUUGAAGAAUCUACCAGAGCAUUUUCCAAGUUAUUCAUUCUGUUGUUCUUAACUGCUCCAGAGACUUUACCGAUCCUCAGCGACUUUUGUCUUUGUUAAAAACGACUGCCGUUGUGUUUGGCAACUCUUUUCUGUUACAUACAAAUAAACAAACACAAUAAUGAUGUAGGCCAGAAAAAUGAGCUUCCCCUCCUUGAAAGACCAGCAGCCGCCACUGCUGACAGCAAAUAUUAAAGACAGUCAGUGUGACAUUACUAGGGUGGUAAAGAAACAAACAUAGACUGUACAUACUGUGCACAACUUGACCCCACCUUCUGUCAUUGUACGAAUUUGAAGCUGAAUUGCUCUCGGUGUCUCCAGGAUUUUCUCCACUCCUUGGAACCAUCACUUGCGCAGUAGUGUUGUACACGUUCAGCAGAAGAGUCGCUGUGAUGACGCUCUGCACAAACAGCGUAUCCCCUAGACAAGCUACACAAUCUUCAUACGCCCAUAGGCUGUAUCAAGUGUCAAUCAUAGAAAACAUGAGCCCCUAAUAACAUGAAAAUGGAGCUGCACAGAAAUAAGAGGACUUGAGUACGAACCAAUCUUACAAUAACUACAUAUCAACAUCACAAGCAGGGGAGAGAAAAAAUUAUACUCCGUGUAAUAAAUUUCUAAAGUUUGACCACAGCUCAAUUAUGUUUGCUGGAGGAGGUGGGAUUUAGGACCUAUACUGCAGCCUGUCACCAGAGGGUGCUGUUCUCACUGAGGCUCUACCCAGCAAGGAGGCAUAUGACGUCCAUUCUAUAUACAGUCUCGGGGAACAAAGAGUUUCAUCUUUGUGAAAUAAUAAAAACAAACUCAUCUCAAUUUGUCCCAAAAUAUGUAUUUGGUCUACAUCAGCUGGUUGUGUGGGCUUUGGCGACCUCUAUGGGCAUAGUAUGUAGCAUGUGCUCUCUUUUUAGAGGUCUGGUAAUCUAGGCUUGGUAGUCUUUAAAAGUCUCUGUGUGGAUCAGAUUGUUUAGAAUACCGGACUGUAAAGUUUAAAUACUGUUUUUUGAGGUGUUAGCAGUCUGGGUGCUCACUCAGGUGAUGUUGUGUUUUCUGUUUUUUUGUCAGAGAUGCAUCGCACUCAGACUAAAUAUGAAGACAUGUUUAUCCUCAAAGUUUUCGUCUUCCAGUUUGUCAACUUCUACUCGUCUCCAGUGUACAUCGCCUUCUUCAAAGGCAGGUAAGUGACGCUGCAACCAAUCAGGACUAAACUCUCAGGUUCACCUGAACAGAUUUUUAAAAUUGUGUAAAUAUCUAUAAGUUCUUUUUUUCUCCAACAUCAAUCCUCCUCUUUACUUUUUUCCUCCCCUUCAAUAUUAUCAUGCUUUUUUCAUCAUAAAUAAAUAAUACAUGCUAUAUAAGUAAAAUUAGAUUCUCUUCAUUAUUUUUUCAAAAUCAAACUGAUUAAAUGAAGAGCUGGAAUCAGGAUGCCAGGCGUCUGAAGACAGAUGCAGCCGCUGUACUAUCAGAGAAGAUGCUGUAAUGCCCCCUGCAGCCUGAUUGUUAAAACAUCAGCUGAUCUUUAUUUUCACCUUCUACCGAAGUUCUCAUUGGCUGUUAAAGAUGCAGAAACAUUUACAAAUCUACACUUGAAUAAGUCAAACGCUCCAAGAGAUCAUCUGUGUCUGUGCAGGUUUGUUGGUUACCCUGGAAACUACAACACAUUGUUUGGAGUUCGCAAUGAAGACGUGAGUCUGUCUCAUUAUGAUGAUAAUAAUGAUGAUUGUGAUGAUGAUGAUAAUGACGAUAAUGAUGAUGAGGAAAAUGUUGAUGAUAAAGAAAUCAUAAAGAAGGUUUUCAUCCACAGAGAGCAGUAAUAGACAAAGACAUGUUAACACUGUUUAUGGGGUAACUUACUGUUGUAUUAGGGUAAAGACAUGUAAUGUUAAAAUGGUUGUGUCUGAGACGAGUGGGACCAUUCAGCCUGUUUCUAUGUGUUUGCUUUAAAGUGUGGGGCUGGAGGGUGUCUGAUUGAACUGGCUCAGGAGCUGCUGGUCAUUAUGGUGGGAAAACAGCUGAUCAACAAUGUGCAGGAGUUUGUCCUACCGUAAAUAACACACACAAGCGCACACAGACACACACACACACUAUGACAAACACACUGGGGUUACAGGGUUAUUGAAAUAUAAUUACAUAAGGAAAAUCUCAUCAUAACAUGGCAGUCAAAGUGGAAACCAAACUCUUACAUUAGAGAACAGCAUUUAUGGCUGCAAACAGGAUACUUAAUGUAGAAAAUAUGACAUUUGGCAAAACAUCACACUCACUUUUGAGAUUAAGAUAUGUGGUGCAAACACACCUUAGCUUCAGGACCUAUAACCCGAGUUUUGUCCUUGUUAAGCCAUUAAAAGUUCUCUGCCAUCCAUGACCUGAUAUCUAAAAUACAGUCAAAUCAAGAGACACAGCAACACAGAGCUGUGUCAUCUGCAUGGUUAUGGAAGUUGAUACUGUACCUCCUGAUGACAUUUCCCAUCGAUAACAUAAAGGUUAAAAGGUGUAGGACUUCAAAUUGAACCCCAGGGGACACCGCAUUUUAUUUCAUGGUGUCUAGAUGAGCAGUCAGUCAUGCUGACAUAAGAUUCUUGUCAGUGAGAAAAGACUGAUUGGUCCUGAAACCAGACUGAUCUAGUUCACAAAUACAAGAGACUUCAUAAUAUCAUUUAACUGAUUAAAAGCAAGCUUCUCUGAAGUUUCACUGAAAGACAUUAGGUUUGAAACUGGUCUGUGAUUGUUCAGCUUAGACAGUUUGAUUGUCAAAACCCACUGGCUGGCUGUUGGAGAGAUUUGUUUUGAAUUUGAUUAUUUAUGAGGAUGGAUAACAAGAAGAUAUUGUCCUCACAGAAUUAAAAAAACACAGCAAAAACUCUGAGGGUGAGUCUUUUCAAACUAACACUCAGACUGACAGAGGUUAUUUGGCAGGAAGCUGAGGUCAUGGUGGCAGAAGAGAAAAAUAAAACCUCGAGUGAAAGAGGAGAAGAAGGGGGAAGGAGAGGAGACUCACGGGGAGACUCAGGGGAAGGAAGAGGAGGAAAUGUCUCCAUGGGAGGCAGACUACCAGCUGCUGGUCUGUGAAGGACUCUUCAGUGAAUACCUGGAGAUGGGUAAGCUCUGUGUGCCUUAAUGUGAAGGUGUGAUUGAUACAGAGGUCAAGGUUCUGUACUCUGAUUGGCUGCCUCAGAGAGUGAUGUCAGACUGAAUAGAGAAGUUUUAUUGGUAUAUUUUUCAUCAUGCAGUGCUGCAGUUUGGUUUCAUCACCAUCUUUGUGGCGGCGUGUCCUCUCGCUCCUCUCUUCGCUCUGAUCAACAACUGGGUGGAGAUUCGUCUGGAUGCUCAGAAGUUUGUGACUGAAUAUCGCCGCCCGGUGGUGGAGCGAGCUCAGGACAUUGGCAUCUGGUUUUCCAUCCUUCAGUUUAUCUCACACAUAGCUGUUCUGAGCAAUGUAAGACUGUUCUGUCCCUACCUGCUUGUAGGUUUGUCUUUGUAUUUUUCUAACAGGCUGUUGACCAGAUACUGGUAUAAUCAGAACUCUUGAACCCAUCUUCUCAGGCCUUCCUCAUUGCCUUCACCUCCUCCUUCGUCCCUCGUCUGUACUAUCGUUACACCAGGGACAGCACACUGAGCGGCUAUAUCAACUUCACUCUGGCAACAUCACCGCGCAACUACAGCCAGCAGCACAUGACCUGCAGGUUUGCAACAGCACCAAAACAACAGUCAUUAAAAGCAGGAGCUGAACAGGCUUUCACUUUGCUGUGGGUUGCAGGUACCGGGGUUUCAGGGACGCGGACGGAGAAUACCUUCCUGAGUACUAUCACCUCCUCGCCAUUAGACUCACCUUUGUCAUUGUGUUUGAGGUCAGUUUAUCUCACUCAAUCGGUGAGAUAUGUUUUAUUUUUAUUAAUGAUCAGACCAAACAUAAAUCAAAAUCCCAUGAUGGGUUAAUAACAGGAUAACAAAAAGUCCACAGUAUAAUGAUUCUGGCAAAGAUCUCUCUGAUCAGUUCAAAUAUGGCCAUGCCGGGACUUUGGACUCUGAAUCCUUCAUUGUUGGUGUUGCUCUAUGACAUUAUAUGCUGCUUUAAAUCUGAUGCCAGCAAUACAUCUUAGAAAAGUCAUGUCAGGUUCAUAUUUCUCAUCCUGUGUCAUCAACUUUUUUUUUUUUUUUUUUUUUUUUACCAACCCUCCGUAAAGGUUAAGUUAACAGUGUCAUGAUGCUCCAAAUGUUUUUUAAUGGGGGACAUGUCAGGAAUGCAGACAGACCAGUUUAUCAGCAGGACUCUUCUUCUACAGAGCCAUGCUGUUGUAAUCCCUGAUGUCAAAAUGUGGUUUGUUAGUGUCUUGCUGAAAUAUGAAGGUCCUCCCUGAAAAAGUCUUUGUCUGGAUGGCAGCAGGUGUUGCUCCUAAACCUAUAGAUAUUGUUCAGCAUUAAUGAAUCCCAUGUAGUGAUUUCCACUCCAGAGUUCUAUCUAUUUUAAAUGCAGUGCUGCCUGAGGGCCAGAACCAAGACCAUCCAGUCUCGGUUUUGGUCAUUGUCCCUUUAGUACAGAGAUUUCUCCAGACUCUCUGGAUCUUUUAAUGAUAAUAUAUUUAGUAUAUGAUCAAAUCCACUCAUUCUUUCACAUUUGACACUUAGGAGCAUUAUUCUGAAACUGUUCAACUAUUUCCUCUCACAGUCUCUCACAGAGUGGUGAACCUUUUUCCAUCUUUACUUCUGGGAGACUCAGCCUCUCUGAAUGCCCUUUUUAAACAAAUAUGGGCUUUAACAUUUUAUAGCGUUCAGAGUUGAGCUUGUAAACGUUUACUUUAUAAGCACUUUUAAGAAGCCAUCAAGUCACCCAGCUUGUUUUUUUCUUUGAGCUGGUUAACGCUCUUUUUCUUUUCUUCAGCAUGUGGUCUUCUUUGUUGGUCGACUGAUCGACCUUAUGGUCCCUGACAUCCCAGAGGAGGUGGAGAUGAAGAUAAAGAGAGAGCAUUACAUGGCUAAAGAAGCCCUAGCUGAAAACCAGGUAACACUGAACUCAAAGUUGACUCUCCUGUUUUUACUCCAACUGUAGCUGAGCCCUACACAUUAAUCAUUUGUUCUUGUGUUUUGUGAUUCCAGUCUUUGGGGAAAGCUGCGAUUCCUGAUGAGAAGGAUGUGCGGUCUAAGGAUCUGAGACAACGUAGAGCCUCACCCCCCCAGAGCGACUACCCUUCCCCAAACCUGAAAGAAAUCCCUGAAGAGCAUGAAAUACCAUGAAGUUGCUGAAACAAAAAACUGUGCUGUCCUCCAAAUACCUCAGAGUCCACAUCUACAGGACUGAACCACAACCCCAAUUAGCUUCUCUGACAGAUCUGCAAGGCCUCUACUUCGGAGGCCUUGCUUAUCUCAUCUACUAGAUCUACUCGAACUGGGCUGGAUACAGACCCUACAAGGGUUGGCAGUAGCUCAGGAGGUAGAGCGGUCGUCCAAUAACUGAAAGGUUGGCGGUUCAAUACCCCUCUAUCCUGAGUCUGUCCAUUAUGUCCUUGGGGAAGAUACUUAACCCACCUUGCUCCCAGUGUGUGUCCUCUACUGGUGUAUGAUUGUGAGUGUUGUGUGGUGGUUGGAGAGGCCGUAGGCGCAAACUGGCAGCCAUGUUUCCGCCAGUCUGCCCCAGGACAGCUGUGACUACUAAGGUAGUUUACCACCACCAAAGUGUGACUGUGUGAACGAAUGAAUGAUGUACCCAAUGUAAAGUGUUUGAGGGUUUCGUAUAUAAAGUGCUAUAAAAUCUGAUGCAUUAUUUUUUAUCAUUAAGAAUAACAGGAUUAACGGGAUAAGCAAGAUUUACAAGAGCUCUGUACUAUAAGACUGUUGUAAAAAAACAGGAUGAUGCCUCCAAGACUUCCUAACCACUGUGUUGUGUUCACCACCAUAAAAUUAUUUGUGUGAAUGUUUUAAAUGUCAAGAUGCAAGUUUUUUUCAGGCAACGUGGAUAAUCUGAAUAUGUAAACUUAUGCCUGAAUGAUGCAAAUUCGUGACGCAACCAGCAUGCAACUCACUGUAUUUGCUUACGAGAGUUGAAAAAUCUGAACUCAGCAAAUCACUUUUGCUGCAGUAGCCAAUCAGCUCAGAGAUCUUCAGGUUAUGUAUAUCAAGAAUGGACUGGUGGAUGUUCCUUUAUCUGGAAAAUGGAGGGCAAACUGACUUUGACAGUAUUCGGCCACCUUGAACUAUUUGAUAAGAUCUUUUGUUUCCAUGGAAACAGGAAUAAAAAGAGAAAGAGGAGGGCUGAUUAUCUGGUAAAUUGUGAAAACACAACAAACCCCCUCAGUGAGGUCAACCUUUACCAUGUCUGAUGAAAACAUCAGACAUGGUUAAGGUUGAAGGAAACUCCUCCUCUCUGGCAUGAAUCCAUGUUUGGACACUGGCAAAGACAGGAUCUGACAUGUGAAUGAAGCAGGUUAUUCAGAAUCAAUUGACUCAAUACAGGCAUAUCCAUAUUCAGGCAUUAAAAUAUGACUUAAUCAAGUGGAUUAAUCAUUUUUUUCUGUGUCUGGUGUGAAUACAACAUCAAAUUUUACUCUGUUGUUCUUUUGAGAUCCAGCAAGCCUCAUUGAGAGCAUUUGAUGUAGGGGUUUAUGUAGUUUUCUAAAGGUUGGUUUGCUUUUUAAUGUUUCUCAUGAGGCCUUCUGUUGGUGAGGAGCUCCUGCAAGUCAUGUCAAAGUCCAGCAAGUCACGAACUUAAAGUCAAGGCCUCAUUGAAAUCUUGGAGCUGCCAUUGUAGAUUUCCCACAAGUCACAGAGCUCUGGUAUUCUUUGGGCCUUCACUUCUUGAAGAAAAACAGGAGGAGCUUUUGUAAGGAUGUCCUUGUGGAGGUCCAUAAAAAUACUGUAGAGUGUGUGGAAGUUAAUCUCAUCUGUUGUAGAUCCUAAAAACAGAACCCUGAAGACAUUUUUGCUGUCAGGCUGGCAUAAUGUGAAACAGUAACUUUUUCAUAGAGACAAAAAGCCUCACACUGUCAUCAUCAAUCUUUCCUCCAUUUUUCAUACAAUGACCCUCCACUCACCCAUUGUUGAUAUUUGUCCCCAGGUUAUCUCCAUGCUGAUUGGCUAUCGCAGUACAUUAGUUCAGAUUUUUCAACUCUUCAAGGGAAUGAAGUGAGUAGCGCAUUAAACAGGUCAUGAAACAAGGUCAUUUACGGGUAUAAUCCACUGAAUUCAUAGGAUUUGCUCUGCCACAUUUGCGUCAUUUAUGUCGUCUGAUAAGAACUUUCACCUUAUCACAUCACAUCUUUACAUUGACUUUACAUUGCACUUCACUUAUGUGAAACCUUUUAUUUAUGCUUGGUGUAAAUGCAGUAUUGACAACAGGACCUGUGAUGACCAUGAAGUGAGGCCGUUAAAGCGACUUUUUUUUUUACUCCCAUUUGGUAUCACAUUGAUAUUUAGUCAUAAGUGUAAGGUUUUUGUUGGCUAAAAAUUAACAUAUUUGAAUGUUUAUGUUGAGAGAGUGUAUCAUCACUGAUUAAGGUUUUGUUCAGGAAAGUGGAGCUCAGUUUGAUUAAUCAUUUGAAUGAAUGAUGAACCAUGAGUCACUGAUGGACAAAGUUUGAACUUUUGAUUGACUAUAACUUUAUAACAGCAUUUUCCGUGUGGCAAACCACAUAGAGCUAAAAGAGAAGAAUAUAAUGUUGUUCAUAUUUUUAUAUUUUUGAUAGAUUUGUAGAAGUAUGUUUAUUAUAGCAGAAAUGUAGAAAAUAUUUCAUUUCUGAUGGGCAAUUAUUUUCUGGAAAAGGUUUGUCAUUUUUUUGUAAAUAAAUGUCUUUCAG